AUGGAGCGAUACAUUUUUUUUGAUGAUGAUGCUAAGUGCUCUACAGCAAUAACCACCAACAAUACUUCUAGCACAUUUUCUAGUCAGAAUGAUAAAAUCCAAACAUGCAAUGAAAAUCUAAACAAAGCAAAAACUGAUUAUUUAAGUAUGAACAGCCCUGAAGUUUUAAAUAUAAACGUAUCUGAUACUUCAACUAUGGAUGAACUCUAUGUUGAAAAUAGUCAAGAUAAUGAAACAAUAACAGAUCAGCUUAAUAUUGAUCUUGAAGAACAUGAUGAUGAAAUAUCAGGUGGCCCAAAUAAUGAAGUUGAAAUGAUUUCUGAAAAUAUUCCCAGAGAUGUUGUGUUUGAUUCUUGGACAGAAGUUGAAAUGUUUUUUGAGGAGUAUGGAAAGCAAAAUAGAUUCACUGUGAUAAAAUAUCGUGUAGAAAAGAAUAGUUUGGGAAUGAUUCACAUGAGAACUUUCAAUUGCGAGUUUGAGGAGAAGUACCGACCUAAUAAAAAUCAGAAGGUGAAACAAAAAAACACAAAAACUAAGAAGGUUAAUUGUCAGUGGCAUGUGAAUUUCUCUUUUGAUGAUGCUAAAACUCACAUAUCGAUAACUAUAUUUGUCAACAAGCAUAAUCAUGUUAUGAAUUUUAAAACGCAAGAAUUUGGGAUCAAAUAUCGUUCUCUUUCUAAAGAUGCUCUAAAAGAAGUAGAAAUUAUGACAAGAUAUGGAAACUUGUCUAUCACGUCUCAAAGAAACAUUUUAAAGGAGCGUUUUCCCAACUUGCAAUUUCAUGAUAGUGAUUUAACUAAUAGUAUUCAAAAAUUUAAAGGAGACAAGCAUAAAACGAAUGAUGCAUCAAACCUACUUAAUACCUU